AUGAGAGGAAUUGGGGAGAGUGGGAAAGAGAGGGAGUUUGAUGAAAGAGGGGAAGUGGAAGAGAGAGGGAGUGGGAAAGAGAGAAAGUGGGAGAGAGAGGGAGGGAGAAGAGGGAGUGGGGAAAGUGAGAGAGAAUGGGAGUGGGGUGAGAGAGGGAGUGGGGGAAAGAGGAGAGAGAGGGAUUUGAGAGAGUGGGUUAGAGAGGUAGCGGGGAGAGUGGGAGAGAUAGGAAGUGGAGAGAGAGGGAGUGGGGAGAGUGGGAGAGAGAAGGGUUGGGGUGAGAGAGGGAGUGGGAGUUGGAUGAGAGAGGGGAGUGGGAGAGAUAGGGAGUGGGGUGAGAGAGGGAGUGGGAGAGAGAGGGAGCGAGGAGAGUGGGAGAGAGAGGAAGUAGGAAGAGAGGGGGAGUAG